AUGGCACAACAGGAGGAGGAGAGCGGUAGUGACGGAGAAGAGGAGGAUCAAGGCAAAGAAGGACCAGCCGUCCGGUCAAAGUCUGAACUCCAAGAGUUUCCAAAACCGAGCUUGAGGAGAACAACGGGGAAAGCUUGCUCGACAAAGAAAUCACCUUUUCUUAAAUCAAGUUUUGUAACAAAAUUCAUGGAUAGUUUCGCUCAAAUUGUCUUCAAAUAA